AACCUCUCGGUCUCGGACAACCAACCAAAACCCACAAGCUGAGCCCCGAUAAAACUACCGGAGCUCCGGCCCGGAUCGGAUGGCGGCAAUACCGGCGGUGGCUGCGGCGGCCACCUCCGUCUUCACCUUCAUCAACCUCUCAACAUCCCUUCCGCUUGCUCGCAUCACUCACUGUCGUCUCCGGAGCGUAAUCGCAGCAUCUUCUCUCUCCAAUACUGAAUUCAACAUCAAUUUCGCUCCUCCCAAGCCGAAGCCUUCACCUCCGCCUAUAAUCUCAACCUCCAAAUCGGACAAUGACUCAGAGGAGCAGCUCUACACCCCGUGGAUCGUUCGGGAUGGGAAAGGGAAUCCCGCUCCGGCGAGUCUUCUCCACGCUAUGGCCAUUGCCAAGACGAGCAAGAAGAAGAAGACAAAGACGAAGGCGAAGAGCGAGAAUGCUCCUAAAUCCAAACCUGCGACGUUCUCAACUGAGCCUAAGUAUUCGAAAGCAGCUCGCCGGUUCUACAACGAGAAUUUUCGAAACCCUGCACAACGCCUCAGUAAAAUCCUCGCUGCUGCUGGAGUGGCAUCAAGAAGGAGCAGCGAAGAACUGAUUUUUCAAGGUCGAGUUACUGUAAAUGGUUCUGUUUGCAAAACUCCACAGACUAGGGUUAAUCCAGAAAAGGAUAUAAUUUAUGUUAAUGGGAACCGUUUAUCCAAGAGGUUGCCUCCAAAGCUUUACUUUGCAUUGAACAAACCAAAAGGGUACAUAUGUUCAUGUGGGGAGAAAGAGACCAAGUCGGUCAUGAAUCUUUUUGAUGAUUUUAUGAAGAGCUGGAAUAAGAGGCACCCAGGAGAACCCAAGCCACGGCUAUUUACAGUGGGGCGCCUUGAUGUAGCCACAACUGGCUUGAUUAUUGUGACAAAUGAUGGGGAAUUUGCUCACAAAAUUUCACAUCCUUCAUCAAAUCUAUCAAAGGAAUAUAUUGCAACAAUAGAUGGUGAAGUCAAUAAGCGACACUUGAUUGCCAUCAGUGAGGGAACAUUCAUUGAAGGCGUCCACUGUACCCCAGAUCUUGUGGAAUUACUACCAAAACAACCUGAUAUCUCAAGGCCACGACUUCGUAUAGUGGUUCAUGAAGGGAGAAACCAUGAAGUUCGGGAGCUUGUGAAAAAUGCUGGCCUCCAGAUGUAUGCACUGAAGCGUGUGCGAAUAGCUGGGUUCAGGCUUCCACCAGACCUUAUGCUCGGGAAGCAUGUUGAACUAACUGCAGGAAACCUGAAGACAUUGGGCUGGAAGAAAUAGGAAAGUUGAAUGGACGUGUGAUUUAGUUUCAAAACACGGUUAUAAACACACUUUGCAGAAGAUUUUGAUGGGAUUCAAUUGCUAAUAUACUACAGUGCAGCAGUCCUCGAGAAUUCUAAGGAUUCCUUUUAUCUGUCAGUUCUCCUAGGCCGUACAUCUUAGUGUGUUAUAGAGAUGCUUCUGGAUUGCAGAACUACGCCCAGGCGAUGAUGAAUGCCUGGCAUGUAAACAGACCAAAUCCCACAGGAAAAGAAGAGACAGAGGAUAUCGAAAUUAAAUAAAGAUUCACUUUUAUUUGAAUUUGGGGGUGGGUUGGUUUAUGUAUUUGGGUAAUUGCAGUGGUAGAUAGGAUUGAUGCCUGUAAUGUGGUUUUCAAAAUGAUGGCCAUAUGGGCAAAAUUGCAAUUGGUAUGGCUGUGAGUUUCAAAUUAGAUUCUAUCAUACCCUUGAAUGAAAUUGUUACGAUUCAAGAACCUCUAUAGCUUGGGAUUUUAAUUUUUAAUGAAUGCGUUAUCAACUCCCCCAGCCAAUGGCAAAGGUAGUUGUUGAGUUGUGUUA